AUGGUAACCGGGUCUAAAACUGGGGGUAGUCCUCCGAUGGCAAUUGAUGAAAAAACGAGGAAGAUGAUCCGUUCCAUAAGGGAAAUUGUGGGUCAUCACACUGACGCCGAUAUCCUUACUGCGUUGAAAGAAGAAAACAUGGAAGCUGAUAUGGCUGUGCAGAAGCUGAUUUAUCAAGAUCCAUUCCACGAGGUGAAGAGAAAAAAGGAUAAGAAGAAAGAGGAGCCAGUAAUUGUGGAGCCUGCUGAGAGAAGAAAACCUUCUGAAAACGUUUCCAGAGAAGUGAAUUAUCGUCCACAGCCUGAACAUAAUGUUCGGAGAGGAGACUACAAUCAGAAUCGUUUUUCCAGGAAUGCAGCUCCUCGCAAUGCCUUUCCUAGGAAUCCCGCUACUGGACCCAGCAGAGAGUUUCGUGUUGUUAGAGACAACAGGUCUAAUCAGAAUGCAGAUAAAGAAGUGAAGCAUACUUCCGCCCAGUCAUCGAGACCAAAUAUUAGCGACGAGGUUGCCAUUCGAAAUAAAAGGAGCUCGUCCGGUGAUCGGGAUGUGGCUCAUAGGAGGUCCAGGCAGACUGGAAAUGUUCCUCUGCAUCGUCCUACAAGAAAAGAACUCAAUGAGGGAAGGCAGAUAGUUCAUGAUGUUACUGUGCCAUCAAGCAAUUCUGUUCUUGGCGUAUAUUCUUCUUCUGCAGAUCCAGUUCAUGUACCAUCUCCUGAUUCUAGAGCAUCAGCUGUUGGAACUAUCAGACGUGAAGUUAGGGGUGUAGGUUCUGGUGGAAAACCUUCUGAAAACGUUGCUAAAGAUUCCCCUGCAGCUGAUACUUUGGUGGAGUCUGCAAUUACAAAAGAUGUUCCAAAAGCAUAUAGACCAUUUUCCCCAAUUUCCAAGGUUGAUCAAGUCAGUCAGACUAAUGCACGAGAGUCUGCUAUGCCCAAUCAUAGGUCUCUUUCAAACAGUCGCUACCAACAUGUUAAAACACAACAUCAGGCGGGUGGUCAUCCAAGAGGAGUUCCUCAGAAUAAACAGUGGAAGCCUAAAUCUAAUCAGAAAUCUAAUAACCCUGGAGUAAUUGGAACUCCUAAAAAGUCUCGUGCUCCUCCAACUGAUAAUUCUGUAAACUUGGAAUCAGAAAUUGAGAAGCCGCAGGAUACGGUUUUGCAUGUUAGCAUCAGCGAAAGUCAGAAUGUAAUCAUUGCAGAUGAUAUUCGUGUCCCAAAGACUGAUCGCUAUCAGCUAUCUUUUGGUAGCUUUGUUAUGGAUUUUGAUCCUUCAGUAAAUACAGAAUCCACCGGGAAUCUGGAUUUUGAUCCUUCGCAAGAACUUAAGCGCGUUGAUAUUAAUGACAGUUUGCCAACUCCGCCUCCCAAGGCUUCAACCAAUGGUGCUUCGGACACCAAGACUGGGGAAGGUUUUGAUAGUGAAGUUAGAAACUCUGGAGCUGACUCACCACCUCCUGCAUUGAUGGCGUCAGAGCAACAAUUGUCUGAACAGAAGGAGGCUCCUGGAUCUCAGAGUUUGGAUGAGUAUGCGCAAAUUGAAUUCAUCAGUGGAAAUAGUCCUCCUUAUACUGCUCUAGAACCGAAGCAGCAACAAGAUCCUCUUGAACUGCACAGUUUUACACAGGAUUAUGAUCCCCGAGGUGGUUAUGACUUGCCGUAUUUCAGGCAACCAAUGGAUGAAAACAUGCGGGGACAAGGAGUACCUUCUGCACAGGAGCAAGCAUUGAAUCCGCACAUGUUCAACAACGCCCCUGCAUCGACAAUUCCAAUGUUGCAGCAGCAACAGGUACCGAUGGCACAGAUGUAUCCGCAGGUCCAUGUUUCACACUUCCCCAACGGCAUGCCGUACCGCCAGUUUCUCUCCCCAGUCUAUGUCCCCCAAAUGCCCAUGCAAGGUUACACUGGUAACCCAGCAGCACAGUACGCUCACCCUUCAAAUGGCAAUAGCUAUGUGCUGAUGCCUGGAGGCAGUUCUCAUCCCGGUGCUAAUGGCCUCAAGUAUGGGAUCCAGCAGUUUAAGCCUGUUCCUACAGGUGCUCCUACGGGUUUCUCGACUUUCAACAACCCCAAUGGGUAUGUUAAUGCUCCGGGAUUCGAAGAUUCAGCUCGCAUCAAGUACAAAGACGGAAAUGUAUAUGUCCCUAAUCCUCAGGCCGAGACUUCUGAAAUAUGGAUGCAAAAUUCAAGAGAUCUUCAGUCUCCACCGUAUUACAACAUGGCUGGACAAACGCCACAUGCUGCUUACUUGUCGUCCUUCAACACUCCUCCAGUGCAAUCGUCUCAUAUGCAGUUCCAAGGCGUCUUUCACUCGCCGCAGCCUGGUCCAAUGACGGCUAAUGCGCACCAUAUGGGGCCUGGACUGGGUGGUAACGUUGGGCUCGGGGUUGCUCCAUCUCCUUCUCCAGUUCAAGUUGGUGCCUAUCAGCAGCAACCUCAGCUUGGUCAUCUUAACUGGCCAGCAAACUUCUGA